AUGUCUGUCUAUGUCAUCACAGGAGUAUCCAAGGGAAUUGGGUUCGAGCUCGUCAAGCAGAUAUCCAAAGACCCGGGGAAUCUCGUCGCCGGUCUAGUCCGCGAUCAAGCUACCACCGAGAGAAAGGUGGUAGCUGAACUGGGCGAUCGUUCGAAUAUCCAUAUCCUCCAUGCAGACCUUACUAAUUACGCCAGCCUGAAGCAAGCCGCUGCAGAAACCGCCAAGAUCGUUGGUGAGCGCGGUGUCGACUACCUCGUUGGCAAUGGAGCAUUCCCGUCCCUCUUCGACGCCUUUGACCCCAUCGGCAAUUUGGGUGACAAGGUCGAGGAACUAGAAAAUGUCUCCUUGAAACUUUUCAUGACCAAUGUUGUUGGUAACAUCCAUCUCUUCAACCUCUUCCUCCCUCUCGUCCUGAAAGGCAACGUGAAGAAGAUCAUCGCAAUCUCAAGCGGUCACGCCGAUCUGGACUUCAUCAACGAUCUCGAAGUUGAAAAUAGCUCUUUGUACGCUGCUUCCAAGGCAGCCUUGAACGCGAUCGUCGCAAAGUUCAACGCGCAAUACAAGAAGGAUGGCGUACUGUUCAUGAGUAUGAGCCCAGGCGUGGUAGAAGUGGGCCACUUCGAUAAUCUCACCCCCGACCAGAUGCGAGGUCUGACGAGCUUCAUGGGUAAGAUAUCAACGUACACCCCUGAUUUCAAAGACGCAACUCCAGUUGAGGAUGCUAUACCAAUCAUCAGAUCGACAUGGGAGAAUGCCAGUAUCGCGAAUGGGUAUGGUGGUGCAUUUGUCUCACACCAUGGAACCAAGCAGUGGAUUUAG